UAUGAAUGGAGGGAAGCAAUGCAUUUUCAAUUUUUUUGGGUCAGGUGCAUGCAAGUCCCCAUCUCGGCUCUCCCACAGUUAGAGUCGGCAGUGGCAGACGCUUUCGAAUCGGUGCUGAAAGCGCAUCCGGCCUUUAAGGAACCAGGCAAGCCGGAAUUAUUGAAUGUCCGGUUUGACUUAGUGUUGUCCGCAGGAAUGCGGUAUAAACCAUGUUUGAUGAUUGACCACCUAGAUGAUGGUUAUGCUGAAAUUGAUGUCAUCUGUGCUGAUACCCCCUGGUGCGAGAAUUGCAGAAGAUACUUCCAUAAGUCAGCUGAUUGCCCUUCUAAGCGUCAACCUGACCGUUCGGCGUCGAAUGGGCCCAGUAAGGACCAAUCUCGCAGUAGAAGUAAAAGUAAGAAGUCCGAAAAUACUGAUAAGAGCUCUGGCGCCGAAAAGGGGGACAAGGGCAGAAUCGCACAGGGGGACAACCAGCUGAAUGAGAAGGAGAAGGGAAGAGUUCUGGACAAACGGGCAGAGAAAUUCAAGCCACCUCACCCGCCUCCCCCUCAGGAGCAGGGUGGAGGAAGGGCAAUUGUGGUCUGGAAAAAGAAGGACCCGAACCCUUCAGAACGUAGAAAGGGACUCCACUACUCCCCCCAUAAGGAGCCAAUGACAAAAAUGUCUGCUAUAGAGAAGGAAAAAGGUAGUGAGCACGAAACGAAGGCAGGGCUUGAUGGAACGAUUAACCCCCCGCCGGAAAACCAGACUCACCAGAAACCAGAUGUAGGGACGAAGGAUGUGGAGAUGACCAGUGAAGGGGAGAAUAUCAACAUGGGAAAUGGUGAGGAACUUGUGGACAAAGGGAAAGAAGAUUUUGAGGAUAUGGAGGACUCAGAGAAAGAUGACGAUGGAUCAGAGGAGGAGGAGGAGGAAGAAGAGGAGCAGGAAGACGAGGAAGUCGAGGAAGAAGAGGAGGAAGAGAAGGAUAAAGACCAGGGGAACCACGAAAGUGACGGGGAGGAGAACGGAGACGAGGAAAACGAAGAGGAGGAUAAGGAGAGACUGAGCAGGGGUGGAAGGGGGGACAAGGACGAGUACGGUAAGGACGAACCUUAUGAUGGUCAGUCAUUCGGGAAAGGGCGCAAAGGAAAUAAAAAGACCGCAGAUCCACCUCAAGGAUCAGAGCCAGAUCCAAGCUACCGGUCGGCUCGGACUGGGAGUGGUCAGACGAUUGGAUACUGUUUGGCAUUCCGCCAGAUAAGUCAAAGUUACAAGAAGGCUGGGGCUAUGUGGCCCUGACCUGCAGAGGCGUAGUGCUGGAAGUAAUAUGGAAGGCACACAAUGCACAGGUUUUCAGAGACGAAAAGGUAAACUCCCAGCAACAAAGGGCUAUGGUGAAG